UACAUGCCAAUGAAUGCGUGGGGAGAAGUACAGAAAUUAAUUUUGGUCAUCGAGAGAGAGAGUUGGUGCGUGCCCUUUAAACAAAACCAAGAUACAGAAAGCUCAGCAACUUCAUAAGCUUUUCAAGAAAGUACAGAAACCCUCGCCGACCUCCUCCUUCUCCUCCUUCGUUGGGUGACGGAAAAUCCGGCCUUCAUGGAUCAAUAUCAAAUGAAUCCCUUUGGUUACUCUCCCACUGAGUCUGGCUUUAAUCAAUUUACUUCAUUUUCUUCAGCAUCAACCUACAUGUCAAAUCAAAUCCAAAACGUUGGCCACUCGCGUGAUGUCCCUAUUGCAACCGAGCACAAAAACCCUCAAAUGAAACCAUCUCCAUCAUCAAAUUCUCAAAUUAUAUCCUUUCAAAACUCAGAUCUGUACCCAAACACGUCUCCGCAAUAUCCUAGAACCUAUGAGUUGCAAGAUGGGGAAAAUAUGAAGAUGAAGAGAAGUGGUGAUGGUGGUACAUUUAGUAGAACAACUUUGCAUGGACCAGAACACGUUAUUGCAGAGAGGAAGCGCCGGGAGAAACUGAGCCAGCGGUUCAUUGCUCUUUCAUCCAUCAUUCCGGGCCUUACAAAGCUGGAUAAGGCUUCUGUCCUAGGAGAUACGAUAAAGUACUUGAAACAGCUCGAGGAACGUGUGAAGAUCCUCGAGGAAGAGGUGGCCACGAGAACCGUGGAAUCCGUGAUCUUUGCAAAGAAGCCAUCGCUCCAACGUGGUGAUGGCGUCAUAUGUUUUUCAUCCGACGGGAAGUCAUAUGACCCACUCAUCGAGCAGCAACUACCCGAGGUCGAAGCACAGGUAUCGGGGAAGAACGUUUUGAUUAAAGUCCAGUGCGAGAAGCACAAGGGUUGCAUCAAGGAAUUGAUGAAACAAAUGGAGGACAUGAACUUGACAACUCUAAAUAUCAGCGUCCUAGCAUUUGGGAGUUCCCUCUUGGAUAUCAUAAUUAUGGCCCAGAUAGAAAAUGAGAACUGCUUGACACUUGAGGAGAUUGUCGAAAAACUACGCGAUGCUCUGACCAUGUUCCUCGGAUCAUCUUCAAAACGGUCAGCUUGUUAGGCAAAAAAUUGGUAUUCUGCCAUGGUCUAUGUCCUAGAGAUGUUCUUUAUUACGGGUUAGUGCAAGACUCGUGGUUAAUUGUACUACUAUGUGAAUUGUAAUUUCUAACUAAUUGUGGUAAUUAUCUGUUAGUGCAAGAUUUAACCACGUGUUACUGCAAGAAUUGUGGGCAAUUGUCACUCCUCUUGCCCUCAUGGCUUUUUUUUUCUCUAUUGGUCUCGCUUCUAUCGCCCUUGUCACCUGUUUUGAACUGCUUGCAGGGAGUACGAGGCUAUCUUCUUUAUCCUUCUUACUAUAGUUUUCUUUGUGGUAGAUCUCUCAUCUUGCUUGACCCAUUGUUAAAUCUUGCUUUACGACUCUGAUUUGGUCAUCUAUUAUGAUUAUUUUCCUGUAUCUACAGUUAAGCAUUUCACAGGGCUCAUGGCUUAUGAGGAUUAUGAUGGAAUUGGAACAAAGCAAGAGUCCACUCUCAUGAACCAAUCCAGCAGGAACCAAGUUUUCCUUCUGUGUAGUUCAUUGGCACGGGUCCUCUCACUUGGAAAGAAGAGAUAACCUUUGUCGAGA